UUUCUAGCGACUCUCUGGGGGGGAGUUGGACAAGGAUGGAAAGCUACCUGGCUACGGGGUCUCCUUCAGCUUCAAGUGGGAACGUUCGUUUGGUGAUUUCGGGCACUUCUACGACGGCCAGAGAGUAGGUCUUUGGCUAGGCCCAGACAGGCCGCACGAGGGCAACCACCAAGGGCCCUGCCAAAUGAAGUAUGGCGGAGUGUCCCGGUGCCCGCAGCUCACGGGUGUCAACUGCAACGUUCACGAACAAAACCACUCGAAGAAGACCGAGCACCUACCCAGCGUCAGCGGCAUGGGGUUCGACACAUUCACUUUUAACAUCACCUUGAUCAACGAGUUGGAAAAUGUAAAAAUCAACCGCAAAACAUGCAGCGUGGCAGUCUCAAGUGCCACCGAACACCCCCACGAACGUCUGCAUGCCUGCCGUAAGGAAGUGUCGACUUGCGGUCGCUGCUUCUGCAGCAAGCCUCUUAUGAGGUCGUUCGACCAGUUCGGUAAAUUGCGCAUCACGCACAUGUAGCGGGUUGUGGGUAGAACGGUGUGG